AUCUGAGCUGUGAGAGUGAUGGACGGGAGGCUGGUCCAGAUAAAAAAACACAUUUCCUCCCGCAGAGUGAGGUGGACGCGGGUCUCAGAUCUGGCCGAGGACUGAGGCGCACCGCGGUGCCCUUGAGGAGACUUCUGACUGCCGCAGGAGAAGAAAGCAGAGUAAAAAAAAAAAAAUAGGACGCAAAAGAAGAAGAAGAGGAAGAAGAAGAGGCAGCAGAAGAAGAGGUGAUGGAGCAUCGGGUUUCUUUCCACUUUGACAGACACAAGCAGAUGCUCGGUAUAUGACUGGUUGCCGGUGGAAAGCAGGUGUCUGUGUUCUCUGAAGUGUUACAAUGGAGUCCACUCACCUCCUGGGUGGCUCUAAGAAGAGAGUAAAGAUCCACCCUCACACUGUCACAGCCAAAUACGCCACACACACACCCUACUCCCCCCAACCUGGCGUGCACACACACUUCCCCCAGCCCGGGGAUGAUGGCUAUGAUGACGCUCCGUCCUUUGAGGACUUUGGCUCCUUCCUGGAGGAGACGUCAGACAGGAAACAGCUGACAGAGAGCAGGAGGUGGCCUCGGACUCUGUUUGGCUCCAGAGAUAAAGACAAAGACACGCCCCUCAAACCACAGGCUGUGGGGGGCGGAGAUGGGAGCGAGGGAGCAGCUAAGGGGUCUGGGAGAGGAGUAGGGGAGCAGCUGGCCAGUUUUGGAGAGGCGUCUGUGUCUGCGUCCCGGCUGACCUGGGUGGGGCUGCUUGGCGCGGCGCUGGCUCAUGGUUGCCUGAUUGUUCUGACACGCCUGGCCUCUGAACGCUUCAGUCUUGGCCCGCUGUUUCUGCUCCUGGUCCGCUCCAUCAUCCAGCUUCUCUCUGUUGUUGUCCCACUGCAGAGGGGGGAGAACCCAUUUGGACCGGAGGGCUACCGUCUGCGACUGCUCUGCUAUGGCAUUGCCUACUCCCUCUCCCUCUGCUGCGCCUACUCCUCUUUAACCUUCAUCUUGCCUGGAGAUGCCACAACAACUUGGCGCCUGGCAACCACUGCACUGUCAGCUACCCUGGCCUUCCUGCUGCUGGAGGAGAGGCUGGGAUUGGCUGAUGGCAUCACCAUAGCGGCAGGGUUGUGCGGUUUGGGGCUCGUGUUGCUUCCCACCGCAGACGAGACUGAAUCAGAUUCACCGACUGACCCGGUGGUGUUCUGGCGGGGUGCGUUUGGCUGGUCUCUCUCGGCGCUGGCUGGGCUGUGGAUGGCCCUGGCAUUGGUUGGCUACCGUUCCCUAAAGGAGAGGGUGGGAGUCGGGACGGCCCUAUUCACAGUCAGCUGGACGGGCUGCGUGCUGGCCCCGGCCACCAUGGCCCUGCUUCAGGAGGGCUGGUCCUGGCCUAUGGGUGCCCCAGCCUGGGGCCUGGUCCUGGGGCUCGCUGCCUGCUCUGUGGCGGCCUUCCUGGGAAUGACCCACGCCCUCACCCGCCUCCACCCCGCCCUGGUCUCCGCCUCUCAGAGCCUGGAGGUUCCUGUUGCCAUGCUGCUGCAGCUGGCCGUGCUCCCACAGGCUCCCUCCGCCCCUGAAGUUGUCGGGAACGCGAUGGUGGUGCUGAGUGUCGGCUGGCUGGUGGCGAUGAAGCUCCUCCCCUCCCGUGGGGGCAGCCGGCGCCAGCGAGAAGAAUACGAGGAGAUUCUAGACUCACCCAUCAAAUAGACACCUCCUCUCUGUUAUUCUCUCUCUCUCUCUCUCGCUCUCUUUCACCCCUCUCAUUGAAAGUGGUUGAUGUGCGACUGUUCUGUCAUUGAUGAUAAGAGACUGAUGAAUGUCUAAUAGGAGAAUUGUCUAUUUUGUAUUUUCUUCUUUGCUUUUUGGGAAAGUGCCAAUAUUGUCUUGUCUGUUAUGGUGACUAUGUGACGUGACAUUAAAAUCUCUAUGGUGAACAC